GUUUUUGGAGCCGUCAUGUCUGUCUGCUGGGUUUGUUAUUUUGCGGCACGCAGGUGGUCUCGCAAUUUUUUUCUCCUCGCUGAAAAACUUGAGAAACCGGUGGAUCUAAUUUUCUGAAAACUUGGAGGAACAAUCGUCAGGCUCUGCGGUUCCUUGAUGCUGAUCCAAGUACGGAGUGGUGCUUCUGCAGGGGUUUGUCAUGUAAAUCAAUACUGAGCAAAGGUAAGUGGUUAAAAGGACUACUUAGAAAAAUAACUGAGGUAUCUGAUUUAAAGCUGUUAAACAGACUCUAAUGGUCCUACUGAGAAAACUUAAUGCUUUUUACAUUGAUAUUUCUGGGUGAGAUGCUCUUGCCAACAUUAAAAAAGAUUUGGUGGACUGAUGCGCACAGUGGUUAGGCUAUAAUUUUGUGGGUGUGCAUAUGCAGGUAGCAUGAUAUAAAAAAGUUAUAUCCAUAGGUUGAAUUAUUGAUAAGUCGUGCUUUUACCUCUUAAAAAUUAGACUUAGUUUCAAAACUGUUGAGGUUCUCAGGUCUGGGAUUUGCUUUUUUUCUAAUUUUGCUUGAUUCUUGAACAUUAUUUCACAGUCCCAGAAAGCUGUGAAGAAUAUAAAAUGACUAUAUAAUAACUUAAGGUUAAGAAAAUGUGGUAAUUGUUUGAUAUUGUAAAAACAAAGUCAUUGCAGGACUUGAAAUCCUAAGAGAGUGAUAAUAGAUAACACUAGUCAGAAUAGAAAAACAUUGAAUGACCCUUUGUCUCAUAUAAUCUUUGUUUUUAAUAAAUUAGUGAUGUAUUUUGAUGGAAAAGUCGGCAUCCAAGUUUUUUACACCUCAAAGUGAAUCCCAGAAUUUUGUUGAUGUGUUUAGCCAGAAAAUGAAAACAAGGACCCACUCUUUUACCCCAUCUUGGUCGCUGAGCAAAUUGUCGCCCAUAUGACUUUGUAUUAAUACGCUGUGCUCAAAAACCAUCAGCUCAGUUCUGUUAAAUUUGGCCUAAAUCUUUAUGUCUGUGCAGGUAAAAUGAAGCCGAUCAGAUUGGCUCGACCAUUACUCGGGGGUCUUCUGCUUCUUUGUGUAGUAGGAGGUGUCUGCAGCCAGAUAGUGUCCGCUGGCAACCAAAGCUCCCGAGGACAGACAGGUGAGUGUCAGGCCCAACUGGACCAAUCUCACCCCCUCAGGGCCUCAUUACGGCUCUUGGUCAGCAGCCCAGAGCAGAGAAAUUAUAAAGUGACAAGAACAUGAGGAUGAUGGUGUUUCUCAUACAGACAUAUGGAUGCAGAAGCUUUUCAACUCUUUCCAGAGACUGGCCGUAAGACAGAUAAUUCACAGAUACAAACAUUUGUGUGAAGAAGCAGUUUAACACACUUUGCCACUCAAUAAGCCAAAUCUAAUUAUACUUACUGCUACUGUAUCUGACUAACUUGGCAUUGACCUCUACAAUGGCUCAUUAACGACAGAGGCAGGGAGGGAUAGAGGGCAUUAAGUAUGGGGACAUUUAAACUAAAGUACCAACAUAGAAGUGCUCUAUACUGCCUCUAAAGUAUACCACUGGGGUAAAUUUACAGAGGUGGAGUGAUAAAAUUGACUUAAAUCCAACGAAUCAGUGCAUAAGCACCUGGUUAUUUAUCUUGGGAUUCUUUUAAGCUGAGCUUGUUGAUGUGGAGAUCAGUCCAAGUCGAAGAAACGAUUGGAGAAAAACUACAAUUAUGCAAAUGUCCAAAAAUGUAAUCUGUUAUUAACUCUGGGGUAAAGGGUCACAGACUUAAAAGAUACAGAAAAACUUGUUGAAUCCACAAUAUUAGUAUUUAAUUAUUCAUUUUUAAUUGAAUAUCUUUAUUUGAAAAGAAUGUGAAUAAAUCCAAGGGAAAUAUGCAAUAUCCAUGAUUUAACUCUAGUAGAACAGAAGUCUAUUGCAGCACAGUAAAGUAUGCAUGCAUCUAAAUCGCUCUUGUAUUGUUGAGUUCUGCUCUGAUUACAUUUACACUUCAGUGACAGAUAACACUUUCAGUUCUGCAGGUGUUCAGACAACUAUGCAGCAACUCCAGGGAUAUUUUGCUAGUGAUAUGCAUGCAUUUUUGGUCCUUAUGUUUUAUUUCUGCUUUGUUGCGCCUCCUUUGUGUGCAAUAUGUCAUGAGCCAGAGUUAAAACAGAAGGGAAAGGACCCAAAUAUGGGAAUUAUUUAAAAAGAACUGAAUGAAAAAAAGCAACAAUGGGAAAAAUCCAAAACAUCAAAAGGGCACUGGGGAAAAAUCGUAUGGAAACUCAAUGGGGACACAAGCAUACGCACUCACAUUGACAUACAAUGAACCAACAAGAACAGAGGGGAAGACAGGGACAAUAUACACACCAGUUAACGAGCAACAGGUGCAGCAGACGACACAGGUGAGGCUAACGAGACACAGGUGAAACUCGUUAACUGAUUAACAAAGGAGGGACAACUUGGAAGUAAAACCAGACUAAAAACACAAGGAAUCAAACUACUACAGAAUAAUACAGGAAACACUGAAAUCUAAUCAGAAACAAUAGGGAACAAAAACACUGGGGAUAAUACACAAAAUGCACUCAAAUAAAAUCAGGAGAAAACUCAACAAACAGAACAUAUCAUGACACAGUGAUGCAGCAGCAAAUGUAGGACACAUGCCUUCAUCUUGCUCAUUAUGCUUCACAUCCACUUGGUGGUGCUGUAGCUUUAGAAACAUCAAAAUGAAGUCUAAGGUAUCAGCUCUCCUUAUUUUCUCACCUGAAUGUACUCAUUAUCUGCAUUUAUUUGAUUUAACAUAUAAACCAGCUCAAAGAACAAUCACAGUCUAUCUUUCACCAUGCCUAACACACCACAAAAACAGCCCCUUUUCCUCUAAAUUCUCAUCCACAGGGUCAUCACAGGAGAGGACAGGGACUUGUGAAGUGGUUGCAGCUCAUCGUUGCUGCAAUAAGAACAAGAUUGAAGAACGCUCUCAAACUGUUAAGUGCUCCUGCUUUCCAGGGCAGGUGGCGGGGACAACAAGGGCUCUGCCCUCUUGUGUCGAGGGUAAUGUCGCUUGGACUCCUCUUCUACCUCUCUGAAAAUGGCCAUGUUCUUUUGUGAUAUGAAUACUAAUAGUUGAAGUAGGGUCUGGUCUUAAGUUUUAACAGAGUUCACUAUCCACUACCUGCUAAUGCUGAGGCUUUCAAGGACCAGAGAGUGUGACAUCUUCAAUGAGGCUUUUUUCCUUCCCAAAUAAGACUUUCUCUAAGUCCUUCCGUCUAAAAAGUGACCUUCUGCUGUGGUGUAUUUUUCUCUAGCCUCCAUUGUGCGCCAGAAGUGGUGGUGUAAAAUGGAGCCGUGUCUUGAGGGGGAGGAGUGCCGAGUUCUCCCUGACCUCACCGGCUGGUCGUGCAUCUCCGGGAACAAAGUGAAGACCACAAAGGUGAGGAGGGGGGCCUGCAUUUGUCUGAGUCACUGCGGCACCUGCACUGUACAAAGGAUAUAACACAAAAUGGAUUUGGUUCAAGACAUGGUAUUUAUAGACCCCUUAUGUGCAGCCAUGCAGCAAAUCUCCUCCUUUUUGUUGCAUUUCUCUUAUGCAAACAGGGGCCGACAGACUUGUGAAUGCUCAUCAUAAAGCUUUCUUUUAGUAAGCCCUCCUUUGAUGCAGAAGGAUUUCACAAUCAAGUAUAAUCACUGCUCCCAUUGGCCAUAUCAACCCCCUUGCUCUACACCAGGCACAGUGGGCUCAGAGAACCUAAUUCUAUAAGCUGUUGAAUGAUGGGGCCAAGAGGACAAACAUGAAAUAAGCUGUAAACUAAUUCAGAACACUAAAACCCAUGUAAUUAAAUCUGACGGGAAAGGAAACCCGAGUGUAUCAAGAAACGCACUUUCUCGUAAGAGGCUGUUUUGUCGAGCUGUUUUAAAUGUACAGUUCCCGAGGGAAACGUUUAAUAGUUAAACAGGGGCAAGCGUGCAGCUGGUGAUCAAAAGAUACCCAGCAGUCAUGUGGUCCAUCAGAUUAUUUUAUCAAACAACAGAAUUAGCGGGAGACAACAGCAGCUGAGAGGAACUCAGAUCUUUUAAUCAGUAGUAUGAGAAGAGAAACCACAGGGUAUAGGGAUUCUGUUCAAAUGAAAGGUCAUGCUUUUUAGAUUGUACUUGAAUAAUAACAAGGGCAUGAGCAUCAAAGUAUACUCAGCACUGUGAAUAUAGAAAAACACUCUCAAUGCAGAAUGGAUUGCUGUAUCCAAAUAGGCUGUAAUUAUUGGAUCAAAUCUCUAAUCGUCCAGGUAAAAUUGAAGGUUUGGGUACGCUAAUUUGUGCCUCAUUGUCUGUGAAUUAUCUACUCUGAUGUUACAGCUCCUCUUAUUUAACUUUUAUUAACUGCUGCAUAAGUUAAUGGUUGAUUUGACUUUUACUGGACCAGAAAUAUCUGUAGCUUUCUCUGUCGGUCUAGCCUGCUGUUCCCUCUUGAAAUACGUGCAGAUAUGCAGUUUUAGCGCAUUUAACUGUAAUAUAAUUAAUUGAUAUGUCAAAUAAAAUUAUAAUCUAUUUUUAAAACGAUUCCUGUAUGAACUGAGAAGGUACUAAUGCUGCGUUCGGGUUUCCUCGGAAGUCAAAAGUCUGAGCUGAAAAUUAAGUCACACCCGAGUUCCCAGCGUUUCAGUUACCAAGUUGGAAAAAAGCAAAUCGGAGGCGGAAACAAGAUGGCUACAUCUACGAAAGUUAUUUUAGUUAUUAGGGCUUGCUUUGUCUGAAUGUAAGGCAAGUGCUAAAAUAACUUUUGUAGAUGUAGCCAUCUUGUUUCCGUCUCCAAUUUGCUUUUUUCGGAGUUGGUAACUGAAACGCAGGGAACUUCGGUGUGACAUUAUUUCCAGCUCCGACAUCUAUCUGCCAAGGUAACUCGAACGCAGCACAAUGUUGAUGCUGAAGCUUGUUCCCAGUUUUGCCAUGUGGCCACUUAUGGUAUUGCAGCAAAAACAAAAUAAUAAAUGGGGUAAAUAACUGUUUUUGUUUUCUUUUUUCUCUUUUCUUUUUUUGGUUUACUAGUUUUAUGAAGCUAUGCGCCUAAAAUUGUCUGACAUUUUAAACACUAAUCUGCUAGGAGGAUUUUUUUGAUUGAUAGAGGUAUCAUGUCACUAGGUAUCAUGUUUUGAUCUGGUAUCAAGGUUGAUCCGAUAACAGGACAUGCAAUGCCUCUGAGAUGAUGGUUGGGAGUAUACGUCAUAAACUGACUGUUUGUCCAAAACAAUGGAAGCUCCUUCUCCUAUGAGCUGCAGUUUAAGCCCCGCCUCCACCAUGUCAACAGAUGGGACAUGGAUCAAACUAGAAAAUCAAAACACAUGAAAUUUUCCUAAACAAGAUUUCGGACAUUAUUGUUAGCUCUUAUACUGAUAUGAGGAAAGUGUUAAAUUUUCUUAGAAGUCGUGUUUUAGUUAUUAGAUUUUUCAAAGAUGAAUGAUUGUAAGCUCUGUUAAGUUAUCAAUGCAGCCCUCUUGCCUCAUAUCUCCAGAUGGGCGGAUUGGAGGCAUAUUUGCUGAGUUCGAAUAACCUUGGAAGUCAGAUGUCCGAGCCGGGAGUGACAUCACACCGGAUUUACCAGCGUUUCAGUUACCAAGUCGGAAAAAAGCAAAAUCGGAGGCGGAAACAAGAUGGCUACACCAACGAAAGUUAUUUUAGCGCUUGUUAUUUUUGCAUCCCUUUCGUAGCCAUCUUGUUUCCACCUCCAGUUUUGCUUUUUUCCAACUUGGUAACUGAAACGCAGGUAACUCAGGUGGGACGUCAUCCCCAGCUCAGACAUCUCACUUCCGAGGUAACUUGAACGCAGAAAUUAUACAGUCAGUGGUUGAGAUUCCCAGCUAAGACAGACAUUAUUUCAUACAAUAAUUGUGAUAGAGAUGAAAGAAACUAGAGUUAUUAAACGCUGUAACUUUCUGCUCUUGUUUAUAGGUGGCACGGUAACAAGAAAGGACCUCUAUCAAAUCAGCACCGACUCAUCCCAGCCUGCAGCAGUCACCUCAACUAACACUGGACUCAGGACAGCAAACGCCUCGUCAGAUAGAGCAAAGAACAAUAUAGAUUUAAUUAGAUAUCUCCAGAAACUCCAAGAACUCAUUAUUCUAAUUUCUUUUGGCUGCAACACAAUUUUGUUGGGGUUAAUCCCGUAGAGUGGACAAUCUAUUAGCAAUUGACUUAAGAUAAAAUGAGGCAGCUCUGUUCUCCCAAUUCAAACAGGCAGCUACUGCAAGAGUGUAUCAUCUUCUCAGUGCUUGAUAUGCUGGGCACAUUGUGAUGCACUCAAUCAAAGUUUGGAUAGGCCUGCUGGCAGACACUUAAAAAGAGAUUUUGUGGAUUUUUCAGGAGACACAAUGUGAAUCCAGUCGGUGGCUUGUGACUCUCAGUGCCGAUCAAAGCAGAAAAGCACAAAUACUGAGAAAUUUAUGAUUAUGUAGCAUUUGUCGACAAUGCUGUCCCUGACUUACUGUGAGCUUUGUAAAGAGGCCAUAUCCCCACGGACUCCUCCUUACAGCGAAGAGCCACUCAGACAAACAAGACUACCCACGACACACACACACACACACACAUGCAAAGGCUGCUUUCGGUUGGACAGGCCACCACCUGCAAUGGUACGCACACAAGCAUGAAGCUCUGAUGCAAAACAAGGACUGUUUGAAAUGCUAAUCAUGGGGAGAAAGGGGAGAGAGAAGAGAAGAGGCGCUCCUUCACUGUGGAGAGUAUUUACAUCAUGCUUUUGUUUGUCUCUCUAAACUGAGUGCUCCUGUGGAGGGAACUCUGCUCAUCAUAAUGAUGGGAAACAUUGGAAAUUCUCUGCCUGGAAGCAAACGGUAAC